AUGAAGUGUAAUUGUAAGAUCAUCAUCCUCAUCCUCCUCCUCACCACACUCAUUGUUUGUGCAUUAUACACUACCCAAAAUCUGCAAGUUUCACCAUCAACAUGCCAAAAACUCAUAUCUCUGAUCAGAUUCAAAACCACCAGAAAACCACAUUUCAAUCUCUCACCAUCACCCUCACCAUCACCAUCACCGUCACCGUCAACAUCGCCAAUACCCUCACACGCUCCAUCGCAACAUCAUGUCCAUAGGCAAAACCGUCACCAUUUGCCACCACCUGUUACAGUUACCCUGCCAGACCAGAGUGAUGACGAGAAUAGAAUGCUUCUCGUGGCGGUUCUAGUUGCUGCCUGUUCAGCCACAUGUAUCAUCUGUCUCAUUUUUCUAUUCUUGUGCUUUAAAAACCUGAGAACACCAAGAAGAACAAAAUCUACAUCGGAUAAUACUAAAGCGGAGGCAUUUUCUUCUGAUCCGCCACUAGUUACUAGUUUAAAACAUUGUUCCAAAGAUCGGGAUCGAUUAAAUCAUCUGGAAGAAGAUGAUACGAAACAUGAAAUGCUUACUGUGAGGAACAUAUUAUCAAAUUCUGAGAAUCUGGAUUCAUCUGCUAGUGAUGCGGUUUUAGUUGAAUCGUUGAAGUACCAUGAAGAUGAUGAUGAUAGAUCUUUCCAAUCUUUCAAUGAAACAUUAGUACCUCCACCACCACAACCACCAAGAUAUCAGUCUUCAUCUUCUUCCACCACAUUCUUGUUGGAAUCGUCAACGACAUCUGAUUCUUGCUCAGGAUCAAACCGGACACCAAAGCUGAAUCCGCUUCAUUGGGAUAAAGUUCGAGCGGCACCAGACAGUUCCAUGGUUUGGGACAAGCUCAAAUCAAGCUCAUUUGAGUUUGAUGAAGAAUUGAUUGAGUCACUUUUCAGUUACAAUCAACACAAUACUAAUUACAAUCAACACAAUACUAAUGAAGAACUGAAAAACAAAAGCCCCUCUCUUGGUAAACAUAUUCUUGAGCCAAAAAGACUUCAGAAUCUAACAAUACUCUUUAAAGCUCUAAAUGCCACGCCCGAACAAGUUUGUUGUGCACUAGUACGAGGAAGUGGAUUGAAUCUACAACAGCUACAAGUACUGAUAAAGAUGGAACCAACAAAGGAGGAAGAAGCUAAGAUAACAAGCUACAAAGGUGACUUGGGCUCAGCAGAGACAUUCAUUGCAACAAUCCUAAGAAUCCCAUACGCGUUCCAGAGAAUCCAAGCAUUGCUAUAUCGAGAAACGUUUGAAGAUGAAGUCACUCAUCUUCGAACAACAUUCUCUGUGCUUGAGGAGGCAUGUAAAGAACUGAGGUCAAGUCGGCUAUUCCUAAAACUUCUAGAGGCGGUUUUGAAAAUGGGAAACCGUAUGAAUGUAGGAACCAUAAGGGGAAGAGCAAAAGCAUUCAAGCUCGACGCAUUACUUAAGCUAGCCGAUUUAAAAGGGACUGACGGAAAGACCACGUUACUUCACUUUGUAGUCCAAGAAAUUGUUCGUUCAGAAGGCGUACGAGCUUCUGAUAGCAUCAUAGGAAAGAUCAAUCAAAAGAACAAGAGAAGAAACGUCCAAGAUAGAGAAGAUGACUAUAGAAACAUGGGUUUGGAACUUGUGGGCGGUCUUAGUACCGAGCUAUGCAAUGUGAAGAGAACCGCCACCAUAGACUUCGCGGUAAUAGCAAGCUCAGUUUCUAAUCUCUCUCAAGGGAUGUGUAGAUUGCAAACAUUGCUGAACAAAGAUUUGAACUUUGGUGAAUCCAUGAACUCAUUCUUUAACUAUGCUGUAAAACAUCUCAAGGAGUUGGAAGGAAAUGAACAAAAAGUGCUAGAACUUGUGAAGCAAAUUACUGAAUAUUUUCAUGGAAGUAUGAGUAAAGAUGAUGAGAACCCUCUUCGGAUCUUUGUGAUUGUGAGAGAUUUUUUGGCAAUGUUAGAUCGUGUUUGUAAGGAGUUGAGGAGGUCAAAAGUUUUUGCUCACCAGAAUCCUGUUGGGAGCUUUCAAUGA